ACAAGCAACUCAACUCAACUGAAAUAUAUUUUUGUCUUUAGAAAAUUCGGAAGAAAUAAGGAAUUUUUCAAAACGCGAGUGAGACUGGAGCUGAACAAUUUUCUACAUUUACUGCAUUUAUCUUUUACACAUCUAUAUGACGCUCUUCAUUAAAAGAUUGCGUUACAAAGUCUUUGCGGCGAAGAAAAUUUGGAAAAAUAAAUCGAAGAAGUGAAAUUACAGAAAAUAAAUUUACAUUUAAUUUGAAAAAAAAAAAAAAAAAAUCAUUGCAGAGAAAAGGAGUGAAACGAAUUUCGUUAAAAGCAAACCAAUUCAAGUGUGAAAGUGAAGAAUAAAAAAAAAAGAGUCAUAAAAAGUGCGCGCACUUGGUACGAGGUAGUAAAGUUAAAAAACUUUCUCACCAAUUUCGCCGUCAUAACAGCUUUUUUCAAAAAAAAAAUUAAAAAAAAAGUAUUUUGAACUCAAUCUUUCGAAAGACAUUGAUGUGUGUGCAUGUGAAAAAUUGUCAUGAGCAGGAAAUAUACAGUGAGGAUUCGCAAAUCGAAUUUGUGUACGACAUUAAUCGGCCUCAUUGGUCUAACGGUUCUAUUCAUCUCUUUGGUAUCUGCGGAACCAGCGCCGGAAGCAAGUACAUCAACAGAACAAAAACCACUUUCACUAUCAGUUUCACCAAAACGUCGACUACUGAGUAUAUUUCAAGGCAAAGCUGCGCGGGAAGAAAACGGUAGCGACUCUACUAUAUGCGAAGAUGGGCUCAUCUUGAAGGCUUGGCGUCCUUUGACGAAUAUAACCCAAAGCGAACGCAUCGGCCGUGGCAUUGUUUAUUUUCUUGCAAUGUCUUAUUUGUUCAUUGGUGUUGCGAUUGUUUCAGAUCGUUUCAUGGAGGGUAUCGAGGUGAUUACGUCUAGUGAAAGACUUGUCACAGUACUCAAUAAGAAUGGUCAACGAGAAACGAUAUCGGUGCAUGUGUGGAAUGAGACGGUGGCCAAUUUGACGUUGAUGGCAUUGGGCUCGAGCGCACCGGAGAUAUUGUUGUCCAUAAUAGAAAUGUUUCAAAAGAAUUUCUCCGCCGGCGAUUUGGGUCCAGGCACUAUAGUCGGCUCUGCAGCUUAUAAUCUCUUUAUUAUCAUUGCUAUUUGCAUUGUGGUCAUACCGAAGGGUCAAGUGAGGAGAAUACAACAUUUUCGUGUGUUCGUUGUCACUGCCAGUUGGUCGAUAUUCGCUUACGUUUGGAUGUGCCUGAUAACCAAAUAUAUAACACCGAGUGUCAUUGAUAUCUGGGAGGGUUUGGUGACAUUUAUUUCCUUCCCAAUUUUCGUAUAUCAUGCUUAUGUAACGGAACGUCGUCUCUUUUGCCCGAGUUGUUACAGACAGACGUACGAUGCAAAUCAGCGUGGCAUCAUUGUGAGUUCGUCUGAGGCAGCUGUAGGUGGCAGUGAGGCGCCGGUACGAUCGAGCAUCAAGGAUUUGGUGGAGAGUCCGGAAAUGCGUGAGUUCGAAGAAACACGUCGUCAAUAUAUCUCUAAAUUAAAGGAACUAUAUCGCAAGUAUCCACAAUAUGAUUUGGAAAAAAUUCAGGCAAUGGCUCAGGAGCAUCUAAUAAGAGACAAACCGAAGUCGAGAGCUUUCUAUCGCGUGCAAUCUGGUCGCCGACUAACUGGCGCGGCUGGUGUUUUGCGAAAAGCACGUGAUUUUGCGGCUAUUGAAAUUGGCGAGGCAAAGGCGGUGUAUCGUAUGCAAGCCGAAGAGGAAGAAGACAUUGAUGAGGAAUAUGAAACACGUCUGUAUUUCGAUCCGGGUCAUUAUACAGUUUUGGAGAGUAUAGGCGAUUUCGAGAUACAUGUAAUACGCUCAGGCAGCUUAUCGAAAUUAACCAAAGUUGAAUAUUACACCGAAGACGGCACAGCCGAAGCGGGUUCGGAUUAUGUUGCGGUGAGCGGUGUACUCGAGUUUCCGCCGGGCAUUGGGGAACAAACAAUUAAGAUUACCAUUAUCGAUGAUGAUGUCUUCGAGGAGGAUGAACACUUUUAUGUACACCUGAGAAAGCCAACUGCCGAUGCCGUCCUCGUUGCGCCCAAAGUAGCGACUAUAAUGAUUUUGGACGAUGACCAUUGCGGUAUAUUCGAGUUUAAAGACAAAGAGCACGUUAUACCUGAAAAUGUGAAGACAUAUGAAGUGAAUGUGAAACGGUAUUCGGGUAUGCGCGGUAAAGUGAUUCUUCCUUAUUAUUCAAAAGGCAAAACAGCGAUCUCGGGCAAGGAAUAUAUGGAUGUGAAAGGUGAACUCGUCUUCGAUGUUGGUGAAUAUGAGCUGCCUAUUGAAGUUGAAAUUAUUGAAGAACAUAGCUUUGAGAAGAAUGUGGUAUUUGAAAUGUACCUGGGCGACCCAAGAGUGGCAGAUGAUGAUCCGCUCUACCCACAAAUACUACAAGUGCAGCGCAAGCCAUUGGAUGAAAGAACUUAUCACGAAAACCUGCUCUUAACGGGACUACCGAAACUAGCAAAUAUUUCGAAAAUCGAAUGUCGCAUUGUUGAAAGCGAGGAAUUCAAGCAAACCGUUAACAAACUGGUGCAAACGGCAAAUGCCUCAAAACUUAUUGGCACAACCUCUUGGAAGGAACAAUUUCUGGAUGCAAUGACUGUAACAGGUGGUGGCCAUCUAGAUGUAGAAGAUGAUGAUGAGGAAGAUGAUGAUGAUGCUGACGAUGAUUACGAUGAUGCUGGACCCACAGCUUGGGAAUAUGUGAUGCACUUCUUAUCAAUCUUUUGGAAAAUCUGUUUUGCUAUAAUACCACCAGCGAAGAUCUAUAAUGGUUAUCCCUGCUUUUUGGUCUCAAUCAUUCUGAUAGCAAUAUGUACCGCUGUUCUCGGCGAUGUUGCCUCACAUUUCGGUUGCACUUUGGGUGUACUUGAUUCUGUGACCGCGAUUUGCUUGGUCGCCAUGGGCACCAGUUUGCCAGAUACAUUUGCCAGUAAGGUAGCCGCCAUACACGACAAAACCGCUGACAAUGCUAUUGGCAAUGUGACGGGCAGUAAUGCCGUGAAUGUGUUUCUUGGCAUCGGUAUCGCAUGGACUAUGGCGGCCAUAUAUCAUGCUAUACAUGGAAAUCAAUUUGAAGUUCCCGUUGGAUCAUUACUCUUCUCAACCGCAAUUUAUCUAAUAGAAGCGGCCGUUGCCAUUUUUAUACUAAUUUAUCGUCGCAAACAAUCCAUUGGUGGCGAGCUCGGCGGUCCAGAGAAAUUGAAAUGGGUGCACAGCAUUAUAUUCAUUUUACUUUGGGUUAUCUACAUAACACUGAGCAUCUUGGAAGCCUAUGAUGUCAUUCCGGGCUUUUAAAAAAAUAAACAACAACAACAUUCCACUUCAUUGCUGUGUAAUUACUUUAGUAUUAAAGCAUUAUAAUAAAUUUUCCUACCACUACUACAUA